AAAGGGGCAAAAAAGUGAUCAAGAAGGUCAUAUAUAUAAAGUGCAAUUAGAAAACAUUAUGUAACUGCAAAAAUUUUAUGUCACUGCGUGUUCGUUUUUUCAACUACAGUAAUCACACAUGUCACUACAACCACCGCCCGUGUCACUACAACCACCGCCCGUGUCACUGUAGCCACCGCCCGUGUCACUGUAGCCACCGCCCCUGUCACUGUAGCCACCGCCCGUGUCACUGUAGCCACCGCCCGUGUCAUUGUAGCCACCGCCCGUGUCAGUGUAGCCACCGCCCGUGUCCGAUGACUUUUCCUGCGAUUUUUCCAACGACCCCAGGCCACUAUCUCCCUCCGCAACCCCAACCACAUGUGUGUAAUAGUGAUAUCUAGGCUGACAACAUCACAACAACACCUAUAUUGUCCCACCAUGCUCGGAGCAAUCGUACCACAGACUCCGGCCACCAUUGCAUAAAAUUGUGGCCGCCGCCAUCUGACUCACCUCAGAUACCACUGUCAUCGCCAUCUCCCAGCCUACCCUCCCCAGCCCCCCUCCAGCCCCCUCCCUAGCUUCCCAUGCCCCUGAUCCGAAUCCCGCCCCCAGCCCCAUGAAAAAUUCUACGAGCCCCCUUCUGAGCCUCUCACCUUCCCGUACGCCGUCGUAACUCGACUGCGCAACCACCAAAACCCUAGGAUUUCAUUCUUCCCCAAUAUCGCCCUUACAAUCUCAUCCUCACGAUUUGAGAUCGAAUCUGAGAAGGAGCGAUGCAGACAGCACGACGGCCAUGGAGGACAGAUUUGUGUUGCUGGUUGUUUUCGGUCAAAAAUCUCAAAUCUUGGAAAUCCAACCGAUAGAUCUUGAAGAGUAUCAAUUUCCGACCAAGGAACAACAAACAAACUUGGAUUUAAUCGAGUGGAUUUUUGUGAAAGAGCAGUCGAUUUCAGCUCCAACGAUGGAGGAGAAGAGGAGCGAUGGCGGCGGCGAGGCAACAGAGGACGGGACGAGAAAUGAGAAGGAGAAGAAACGCCGACGACACCACUCAUUGUUAUCGGCGGAGUGCUGCUCAGAUGGACACCAGAUCGAAGGGGUACAGGAGGCCGGCUAGGGGUGGGAGCGAAAGAUCGGAAGAUAAGUUGGCGUAUACGUUUGACGGGCUUUUACUCUCUUUUUUGUCUAAAGGAAAUUUGGUCAUAUUUUGGUCUAAUAAAAGUCCCCAACUAAUAGUUGUGCCAUUCUUUCUAGGAUAAAUCCAAAAAAAGUAGUUGUAAUAGUGUAUUAUUUUAAGAAUUAUUGGCGGUAUGAUGGGAAGAUUGAGAAAUGUGAAGAUUUUUUUGUUACGGACAAAAAGGAAAGUGAGAAGAUUUUUUUGUUACGGAGGAAGUACUAUGUAUCAUGUUUAAAGUAUAGUAUUGUCAAAACAUGACAUUAAUUACUCUUAUUUAGAAAAUAAAAA